AAUUUGUUUUCCGUGUAUGAUAUCGUUUCGAGCCGAACGUAUGCACCACAGUUACCCGAUGUGCCGUAUGAGGUUGAUGACGAUGACGGUAUUGCCGUAAAAUUGGUUCGUUUGGUCAAAACUAGUGAAGCACUUGGUGCUACGAUAAAGUGUGAUGCGGAUGGAAGGGUGUUUAUUGCCCGAGUGAUUGCCGGAGGAGUUGCUGACCGGAGCGGUAACAUUCAGGUACGAGUGAACUUCUGUAGUUUUCAAUAA